AUGAGUGGCAACGAGGACGACUGGCUGUCUCUCAAACCCCAGGAACCUUCUCCAUCCCAGUGCUGCGGCAGUGGCUGCAAACCCUGCAUCUAUGAUGUGUAUGAGAAGGAGCUUGCACAAUGGGAGAGGGCCAAAGCAAAGCAAGACAAAAGCCUCCUCAUGGAAAAGAAGGAGCAGAGCAAUAAUUCAGAACUGAAUCCAGAUACAUUUACUGCAUUCAGCAUAAGCUUGGUGGAGCAGCUAACAGAGGACACCUACCAGUACAAAUUUGAAUUACCGGGAAAUAGCAGUCUGCGAUUGAGUUUAGGACAACAUAUCGUGUUAAGAGGAAUGGUGAAUGGUUUGGAGGUCCAGCGAGCCUAUACUCCAAUUAGCCCAGGGAAUGCAGAAGGUUACUUUGAAGUUUUAAUGAAAUGCUAUGAAGCUGGGCUAAUGUCACAAUACAUAAAAACAUGGAAAAAAGGAGACGUGGUCUUUUGGCGUGGGCCGUUUGGAGGGUUCCCAUAUCAACCUAAUAAGCAUGGAGAACUCCUCAUGCUGGCGUCUGGUACCGGCCUCGCGCCAAUGCUUCCAAUCCUCCAGUCCAUAACAGAUGAUGAAGAGGAUGAAACCUUUGUAACUCUUGUUGGCUGCUUCCGUACAUUUGACAAAAUUUAUUUGAAACCUCUUCUCCAGGAUCUGGCUCGAUACUGGAACAUCAGAAUAUUUUACGUCCUGAGCCAGGAAACGUCACUGGAAAAACUUCCUUGGAGCUAUCGGGAAAACACGUACACUGGUCGUCUCGAUGAAGACUUGAUAAAGACAAUAAUAAAUUCCUGUCGAAGAAAGCCUUUUGUAUUAAUCUGUGGCUCUUCUGCAUUCAAUGAAGAUAUGACUAGAUAUUUGAAAGCUGCAGGAAUUGAAGAAAAUUCCUGUUUUGUCUUUUAGCAGGAUGUUCAUGACCUAAGGAAUCUUACGCUGAGCCUUGGACGUCCUUGUUUCUCUGCAGACAUUGCUCGAAUUCAGUCAUCUCCACAGACUGAGUUCCUUGUGCAUAUACUUUCAUAGGCCUUUGGAUCAAAUAUUUGUCUCCGGUAUGAUUCUCACUCUUGAGAGUGUUUUAAGGAUGAGGUGCCACUCCAGAGUGGCUGCUACGAUCACCCACACCUCAGGGAACAGCAUGGUAAGUCUUCACAUGCAAUUUUAAGAGGGAGAUCUCCUAAGGGUACUAAAAACCAUCCAAGUACACAGCUCUGCUGUAAUAUGAAGACUGGUGACUUGCCUUGCAAUCCGUGUUAGUCUGCAGUGGUAUUGUGCCCUGUUAGAUGUCCAGAGGAGAGAUUUAAUCCUCGAGGAGAAGACAGCAUAGCCAAGGGAACAGCAGGGCACCAGCCUGGCACUCUGGAGUCCAUGGCAUUUAUUUUGGUUGUGUCAUUAUCUUGUUGGGUGAUGUGAGGCAAGUCACUUCAUCCUCUCUGGGCCUCAGCUGCCCCAUUAUACACUAAUACAGAGAAGAAGGUACCGAUCUCUGAAAAGAGCCUUUCCAGCCACAUACAGAAAAGGCUAUACAUGGGGAUGGAAUUAUACGUGAUGCCCACUGAGGACUUAGGCAGGUUGUCCUGCCCUAGCACAGCCUGCAUUGCCCACCCUGAUCCUUAACCCUUGAAUGCUGCCUGGGGGAGAAAGAGCAUAUCCUAAAACUGUGUGAGAAAGCAUCGGGGUUGUAGGUGCUAUCUGUCAUGGAGGAUGGUUGGUUGCUUUCCGUGUCCCCUAAGUGUUGUAUAAUAGCCCUUGUUCAUUAAAUUGAACCUCUUUUCAAAUAAA